GUAAAUGAGAAACUUGGUAUCGCUUUAUUAAAAGAUGUGAGGGAGAGGAGGAAGCUAUGUGUUCAUUUAUAUUUUUACAUGUAAGUGCAAAAAAAAGCUAUGACCAAUCAAAAUCAAUGACUACUCAUUGAAAAAAUAAUCAUCAAUGAAUAUGUAUGUUGCUAAUUAGUAACUUACUAAAACAACCAAUCACUAUAAGUUGUGGGUUGUGUGUAGUUAAUGGAACCAUAAAUAUGGAAAUUCCAUUCAAAAGGUAAACAAAAAAAUCUAUAUUGGAUAUGUUUUAUAAAAUAAAGCGACUAAAAAGGUGAAUCUUUGUUUAACAUAAUUGUCAGUGGUACCAUGGCACCUCGCCACAUUAUAGAUAUAAUCUAAAAGUUUUCUUUCAAGUAAUAUCCGUACCACCUCUAACAAUGUACAUUGAAAUGAAAUACUUCAGUGAUAUAGUUAUCUUAAAUUAAAUCUUAAUAAAGUGUAAAACAUAGUGACUCUCACACUUUACCUUUCUUAAGUAAACAAAAUACAUGCCAGUAUUUAUACUUUUUCACGAGGUUUAGUGUUAAGAAUCCAAAUGAACUGUAAAUGCAAUUUAUAUAUCUUUAGGAGUCCCAAAUAAAUAAUACUUCCUAAAGUAGAUAUUUUAUAGCAUAAUAUCAUAAAGAUGUCCUUGCCUAUAAUUAAAAUUGUUGGCAUUUAGUAUACGUUGGGUUAAUUAAUAAAAAGGAGGAGAAAAAGGUUUAACGUCCUUGACUUAUUAUGAAACAAAAUUUCACUAUUGCGUUUGAUAAAUUUAGUCAUAUUUACGUUGUUAUUCAACACAAAUUCAUAAUGUAUAUGCUUCUGAUACAAGUUCUUUUCAUGGGGGUUAGCGCUAAUGUUGUACAAAUGAAUGUGGAAUGCAAUGUUGAGUUGGAAGUGUUUAUAGACUGUACAAAUUUGCAGAAUAAUAAUGACAACUAUGGGUUCAUGCACUAUAACACCAUUAUCCAGAGAGUAGAAAUAAAUAGACUGAAUGGAAUAAUAGAUUUAACAAAUCUCCCGGGUGUCAAUACAGUACAUGUUUCUUUGGGUGUGGCAAACUGCAAGCAGCUGAUAGGUCAUGUUCACCCAGUAGAGCUACAAUUUGGUAGUGAACCAGCACUCACUUGUGUGCCUAAUACCGGUGAUGAUUCCACUUCUAGCACUUCUUCACACCAAACCAGUAUACCUUCAACGAAAAUCACUUCACUACGGCAAACUAUGAAAGAUGGUUCAAGUAAGAUCCCGACAGAAACAACUUCACUAGAGCAAACUACUCAAAGUGAUGAGUGGAUAGGUUCAAGUAUGAUCCCGACAGAAACAACUUCACUAGAGCAAACUACUGAAAGUGAUGAGUGGAUAGAUUAUGCACUAUUCCUGUUGGGGUCAGCUAUGAUCACUAUCAUCUCAUUCAUUCUUAAUCAAUUAUCAAACAUCAUCCUUGAAAAACUUGUUCAGUUUCAUGAUUAUAUAAUACAAAUGGUUAUUAUUGUGGGACGUAAACAGGGGGCAACUUUCAGACGGUAUCCCACUAGAAACAGACGUCGACCACUUAGAUUACAGUAUGAGUGAAGUUUCAUGUGUUAUAUAUGUUAGAGUAAACAUUUAUGUAAAACUGUAUAUUGCUAUUAAGCACUUUUCUUACUACAGUAUUUUUUUUUUUUUUUUUUUUUUUUAUUAGAUAGUGUUGUAUACAAGUUGUGGAAAAAUAAUGGGGUGAGAAGGUUUUUAUGUGUAAGAUACACUUCACUUAGAAUUAACAGGUGAUAGUAACAUUACUUUUUUUGUUAGUGUAAAAUUCCAUAAUUUCAGGAAGUGCCUUUUUAGUGUCAAAUGUUAUGUAUAUUUUUUUAAUUUUGUUAUAUUGUUUAUUAAUUGUUUACAUUGCUAAUAAAAAUAGAUCAUAUGUUGUUAAGGUACAUUCCAGAUAAGUUAAGUAUUUUUUUUUUUAUUAAAGCUAACUUUGUUUGAAAUAUUUAUCUCAUAAACAUUACUUUUAUGAUAUAUUGUUAAACUAAAAAAUAUAUUUGUGGUGAAAUGAUCCUGGAAAGUGCCUUUUUUUUAUGUGCCAAAUGCUAUGUAUAUUUUUUUAAUUUUGUCAUAUUGUUUAUUGAUUGUUAAUUUGGUAAUAAAAAUAGAUCAUAUUCCAGAUAAGUUAAGUAUUUUUUUUUUUUUUUUUUUUUUAUUAAAGCUAACUUUGUUUGAAAUAUUUAUCUCAUAAACAUUACUUUUUAUGAUAUAUUGUUAAACUAAAAAAUAUAUUUGUGGUGAAAUGAUCCUGGAAAGUGUCUUUUUAGUACCAAAUGCUAUGUAUAUUUUUUUUUUAAUUUUGGUUAUAUUGUUUGCUUUUUAUAAAUGUGUGCCACUUUGAUAUUAGUUUCCUAUAUAUCAGUUAAUCUUACAUUCCUUUUUUUUUAUCACAUUCCAAAUCAGUAUUUGGUGGAGUUGUUUACUUUUCAUUAUACCUAAAUUAGUUUAUAUUUGCCCUCAAACAGUAUUCUGGUUUGACAAGUACUAAUCUACAUAUUUAGUAUGUUUAAUAUUAAAGUAAUAGUUAAAAUAGGUUGGAAGAUUUAAUUAUAGAUAAAUUUUACAAGUUUAAAUAGGUUGGAAGAUUUAAUUAUAGAUAAAUUUUAACAAGUGGAGUAAAUUUUAAGUUAGUAUUUUUAGUUGUAAAUGAUAUAUACAUUUUUAUUAAUCAAAAAAGAUCUUUUAUUUAAAUAUGAAUCCAAAAACUUAUAUCUAUAUUAACAUUAAAAAAUGUUUUGUAUAUUUCUAAAUUGUAUGUUAGCUUUAUGUUAAAUACUUGUUUGCAUUUUAAAUUUUAUUGUUUUUAUUGGUUGAAUAAUGCUCAUUGUUUUUGUAAAAUUAUACUAUUUCAAUUGCUUCAAAGAUGAACAAAAAAAAUUUCCUGUUUAAAUUAGGUUUAAUAAUUUUUAUGACAACUACCUCAUAUAUUCAUAAAUAAAAAAAUUAGGUUUAAUAAUUUUUAUGACAACUACCUCAUAUAUUUAUAAAUAAAAAAACCGUUAGUCAUUUUUAUGGGAACUGCCUUUAAAUAUUUUUGUGAUGUUAAUUUUUUAUAUAAAAUGACAAAGAUGCUAUUAGAUAAUAAUAAGUGUUUUAUUAUUAAUUGGUGCCAAAUGCUUUGUAUUUUUUUUAAUUCUUGUUAUAUUGUUUUUUGUUUGUUUACAGUUCAGUUUAAAAUAAAAGUUUUUGAAGAAAAAGUGUUUGUCUUCAAUACAAUUGUUCUAUCCUUCUAAAUUGAUGGAUUGGGGAACAUGUUAAAUCUGUAAACUGAUGGGUUGAUAUGUAUCUCUCGACUUAAUGAAUAACAAUAUGAUGUAUGUUGUAAUAAUGUAUAUAUUUUUAAACAAUAUUUCAUAUAAAUAGAGUAAUUUUUUAUAAAUGUAUUGUACGGGUUCAUAUAUAACAAAAUAUGAAUUUUAAAAUAUUUUAUUACUGCAUUUCUUUUCUUAUAGUUUGCAAAUAUUUGUUACAUCAAUGUUAAAUACAAUUACUUCUAUUUUAUUAUAGUCUUUUUGCGAAGUUCUCUAGUAUCUCUAUUAAAGGUACAUAAAUUUUCCAGUGUCCACCAAUGAGACCACACUCAAUUUUAAAACCACUGUUAAAAUUUCACGCAGGUUUAUUCCGGUGUAACAUAAUUACUACACUGUCAUCAUAGUUGAAACCUGUGAAAUUAACCGGUCAAGCGUUGUUCAUUUGUUAUAUUUAUAGAGAAAAUAAUUAAAAUGGAGUUCGUGUCAGUAAUUUAAGUCGCUCAAACUUUAAUCUAGUUUUAUGUUCUUUGAAUACUCCUUUCCAAACGGUUGAUUUCCUCUCGUAAAGAACAAAUGUUACAUCUAUAUUCUUCCAUUUUGUUAAAACACUUUCUUCUAAAUAAGCGAUACAUUUUAUAUACUCCUGUCAUCGUUAUAAUUCGCCGCUCCAAACUUCCUUUCAAUGUUUCGUUUCUUGUAUUUCGCUGUCUUUUCUUUAAUUCUUCUAACUUACUCCUUAUUAUCUUUAUUUGCUCGUGGGAUUUUUGUGAAUUUUUUUCCCACUUAAUAUAAUGCCCUGCAUUUUCAUAUAUCUUUAUCUCUUUAAGCGCAAUUGAGCCUGGUCUGUAUUUCAUUAUUAUGAUAAGCAAAGCUUGGUAAGUUAUGAAAUUAUAAUGUAGUUAUUGUUCAAAAGUCCCACAAAUACGCAUCAUUUCAUAGUAUAUAUUAUAUGGAUGUGUGUCCCAACAAAAACAGCACCACCCUCUUUUGACAUCAUGGUAACAUUUUAAACAGGCUUUAUGUCCACAGUUUGGUAAAGAUCUAAAAUUUGCAUGAAUUGAUAUAUGUCCACAAAGUAAACAUUGAUCAGCAUGUGUAUUUAACCAGCUUUGUGAUACAUCUUCCCAAUCAACAUUACUUUCAAUCCAUGGAAUAGCUUCAUAAUUUGGUAAUUCUGUAAUGGAGCACUUACAGGACCAUCCUUUCUGAAUGUUAAAAUAACAGUUUCUACAACAUUGAUGUCCACAUAAAGGUAGUUUUCUUAGAUGGGUUUUAAGGGUUAACUUAUCACAUGAAAAACACCAUUCCUUAUUUUGGCUAUUAUUGUUAGAGGAUGACAUUAUAAACGUAAAAUAUUCAGUCUAUAUUAAAACAUGAAUGCAAAGUUGAUGGAAAAAUCAUUGGUCAUGGCUUGUUAAACAAUAACGGAAAACUAAACGGUUAGCGACCUACGGGGUCAACAACAUGGACAUUCAGGGUUACCUCAGGUCAACUAUCUGAACGGUCAGCGGAUAAGCCCCCUAAAGGUCAUCAGAUAAGGUCACCAGAAGGUCAGCGGAGCAUCGGAUCCCCACUUCCCAU